AUGGCGAUCGUCGAUAAUCAAGAAACCAAUAACUACCCAAAAGGAAUCUCCGGCUCCAUUCCUCCGCCGGGAUUCACCCCACGCGCCGCCUCCGUUGUACCAUUCACGCGCUUGAACUCUCUCUUCAAUCAGAUGACUACCGGCGAAGAUGGAGGGCAGUUCAAAUCGAUGAUCUCGAAGUUACACAACAGACAGAUUCUAGCGAUGGCGUCGCUGCUGACGUCAGACUCCGAUUACUUCACGGCGAUCGUCGGAAACAAGAACGGGUCGGUACGCGUGCAAACGCUCUUCGGAAAAUCAGAUGACGUGGACUCGUUAUUGUGCGCCGCUAUCUUGCGCAGUUUCUUCAAGAUCAUGACCGAUAGAUGCGCGUCACACGUGGCGGUGCGAGCCAUGGAGGUUUUCGACUCAGAGAAGAAAAAAGCCAUGUACGAACACACGCGCUCGAUUUAG